AUGACUAUGUCCGGCAGAAAAACCGAUCCCGGCGGCGAUGGCCGAGACUCUGAAUCUGCUACAGCAACCGAAUUAGAGUCUCUCCGUAAUCGCGUCAAGGAGUUAGAGGCGGAAAAUGCUAAAUUGUUAUCCCAGAUUUCAAGCUGCCAAUGCCAACAGAUGGAAGUAAAGCAUGAUGUGUCUGUGUUAGAUUCUGGAAGCUUAGUUAGGAGAAGCAGGAAAGCCAGAAAACGAAAUGAUAAAAGCAUACCGAGUCAUCUCAUCUCAAGGAGAUAUAUUGCUCUAAAAAUCAUGUAUUUUGGUAAGAGAUUUUAUGGCUUCUCAGCAGAAGCACAAAUGGAACCAAGUAUUGAGUCAGAAAUUUGGAAAGCACUCGAAAGGACAAGACUUUUAGUUGGCGACAAGAAAGACUCUAAUUACUCGAGAUGCGGGAGAACAGAUAAAGGUGUUUCGUCAACAGGGCAGGUGAUUGCUUUGUUUUUAAGGUCAAGGCUAAAGACAGCUCCUGGAGACUCUGAAGCCCAUGUUGAUGGGAAAACUAAUGAGAGACCAGAGUAUGAUUAUGUAAGAGUGCUGAAUCGUGCUCUCCCUGAUGACAUUCGAGUUUUGGGAUGGUCUCCUGCUCCUAUUGACUUUCAUGCAAGGUUCAGUUGUUCGGCUAGAGAAUAUAAGUAUUUCUUCUGGAAACAAAACCUAAAUCUUUCGGCCAUGGACAUUGCCGGUAAGAAGUUCAUUGGGGAGCAUGAUUUCAGAAACUUUUGCAAAAUGGACGUGGCAAAUGUGCAUUGCUAUACACGGCGUGUUACUUUCUUUGAAGUCUCUCCUUGUCAAAACAGUCACGAGGGUGCUCAGCUUUGCACAUUUACAAUGAGAGGCAGUGCUUUCCUGUGGCACCAGGUCCGAGCCAUGGUCGCUGUGCUAUUCAUGAUUGGGCAGGGCGUUGAAUCGGUUGAUGUGAUAGAUACAUUGUUGGACACCAAGAAAACGCCAAGAAAACCUCAAUACCUUUUGGCCUCGGAGAUCCCUUUAGUCCUCCGUACAUGCGAAUUCGAAAAUGUUGACUUCAAAUGUUCUUCAGGUGCUGCAGAGUCGCUACGGACUCAUUUCAAGAAUGAGUCACUAAGUUACCAAUUAGAAUCUGUGAUUUUCCAGGAAGCUCUCAACAACUGUUUACCUCUAGAGAAUGAGGAAAGGUCGUACAAUGGCGUAGUAGAAAAGAAGAAGAAAGGAGCAGUACACGUUCCUCUAUUGUCUCGACCAACUGAGCCUUCUUAUGACGAACGAUCUGCAAAACUAAAACCCAGACCAGAAGAAACAUGUCCUGUCUACCUCAAUUCAAAUGGAAUGGCUCGAGUUUACAUGGAGACGCUAAUACAGAGAUGCGUCACUUUCUCUCAAAUCAAACAGCUUCAUUCACAUUUCCUCACCGCCGGCCAUUUCCAAUCUUCUUUCCUCCGUUCUCGCCUCCUCGAUCGCUGCGCCGUUUCUCCAUCCGGAGACCUUUCCUUCGCCGUUGAGAUUUUCCGUCACAUCCCUAAACCGUUAACCAAUGACUGGAACGCAAUCAUCCGCGGCUUCGCCGCAAGUUCUCAGCCGUCGAUCGCGUUUUCAUGGUACCGCUCAAUGUUGCAGCAAUCUUCUUCUUCACCGUCUCUGUGUAGAGUCGACGCUCUCACUUGCUCCUUCACGCUUAAAGCCUGUGCGCAAGGAGUUCGAAGAAACGAGAUUACCGUUGUUGCAGCUAUGGGAGCUUGUUCUCAUCUCGGUGCUAUUAAAGAGGGCGAAAAGAUCCUUGAUUACAUUAAAGAAGCAAACUUGGAUCAAAACGUGAUUGUUGGCAACGCGGCGAUCGAUAUGUACACGAAAUGCGGGUUUGUGGAUAAAGCUUUUCGAGUUUUCGAUCGAAUCACAAGCAACAAGAAGAGCGUUGUUACAUGGAACACGAUGAUCAUGGGGUUCGCAGUACACGGAGAAGCACAAAGAGCGAUAGAGCUAUUCGAGAAACUUGAGAAUGAGAACAAUAGCAUCAUCAAGCCUGAUGAUGUCUCGUACCUAGCUGCGUUAACCGCGUGCAGACACUCCGGUUUAGUCGAGUACGGUACAUCGAUAUUCGAAAACAUGGCUUGUAAAGGAGUAGAGCCAAACAUGAAGCAUUACGGUUGUGUGGUUGAUCUUUUAGGCCGUGCGGGUAGGCUGAGAGAAGCUCACGAUGUUAUAUCCUCGAUGUCGAUGGUUCCGGAUCCUGUUCUGUGGCAGAGCCUUCUCGGAGCUUCCGAGAUUCACAAGAAUGUGGAAAUGGCUGAGAUUGCUUCGAGGAAACUUGUGGAAAUGGGUGUUAACAACGACGGAGAUUUCGUGUUGCUAUCGAAUGUUUAUGCGGCGCAGGGACGGUGGAAGGACGUAGGACGAGUGAGAGAUGAUAUGGAGACCAAACAAGUAAAGAAAGUUCCCGGUCUCAGCUAUAUAGAAGCCGAAGGAACGAUUCAUAAAUUUUACAAUAGUGACAAGAUCCAUCAACAGUGGACAGAGAUUUAUGAGAAAAUCGACGAGAUCAGGUAUAUAACUAAGUUCUAA